ACAAGACAAGGCCCUCCUUGCCGACGCAAAGACAAGCGUUUUUGACCCUUUGUUCUACGGGUUCCUUUAGCAGCGACAGGUCAAUGCUUCUCCCUGUGUACCAUUCUUGAUUUCAAUGUUUUCUUACAGCCAGCUAAUACUGCAUUGCGCCCCUUAAUACUCAUUCCCAACUGGCGUGCCCACGGCUUUUGCGUUCGGGACGGCGACAGUUUCUCUCUUUUCAUCUUAUCGAGGCUUGGCUGGCACUAGCAGCAGUUCCGCCGGCCGGUUCUCUUAUGCACGAUGUCUCCAGUGCAUCGUCUACGUUCGAGGAACUUACAGGACUACUGAUCUCUUUUUUUCGGUUGCUUUCACGUCUUUCUACCGCCGAAUCUGUAUGGUCGUAAUUUCCAAGCUUGAUAAAUUCCAGCAUAACAUCUCUCACCAUAUUGUCGUUCCACUCUUCGAAUCAAUUCAGACGCUUCAGAUGCAUCUCAGACAGCAUUCAAGAUGUCCUCAGGUUCUGCAACAACGUCGGCUCCGGUCAAACGCGCAUGCGACAGUUGCCACCGGCGGAAGGUCAAAUGUAUCGGCGAGGGAACCAACCCUUGCAAGAAUUGUAUGUCUGCCAGAUUGAACUGUACCUAUAACGCGAUACCGCAGAAGAAGGGACCGAAGGGCAGUCGAGCGAAGGUCUUAUCAGAAAUCCGCGAAACCCAGCGACAGUCGCAGCUGAGUGCUGGACAGUACGAAUACGGUAUCAGCCGGUCAAUAUCACCCGCAGCUCUUUCUCGGACUCCAGGCCUGGUUACGCCAGAAAUUGUCAACGCGUGUGUGGAUUAUUUCUUUAGCAAUCUAUACCCCACGUUGCCGAUUCUCCAUCAUAGGAAGGUGCAACAAACAGUCAUGGCGAUGGGCCACUCAAUCGAAGCGUAUUGCAAAAUGGUUUCUUUAUGUGCGUACACCUUAUUUCAGCCAAAUAUGGUUCUACCAUCUCACGUCCGUUCAAACGAUGAACUUGGACAGAUCUCAAACAUUGCUUUGGCCCGUCUGUAUCUAGAUGAGGCCAUCCGCGUGCGAAAAGGAUAUGAGUUCUCGGAAGACCCCACGAUCAUAGCUGUUUACACCUCAUUCUUUAUCUUUAGCUGUUACUUCUGUCUUGAUCGACAGAACGCGGCUUGGGUUUAUCUUCGCCAGGCCAUGACUCUAGCACAUGUGAUGGGAAUGCACGACGAAUCAUCAUACAAGAACGAGGACUUCAUAGAUAGUUCACGAAAGAGGAGGUUCUUCUGGGUUCUUUUCAUGACUGAACGCGCGUACGCAUUCAAACGACACCGACCGUUAACACUGUAUGAUACUAUCGAGCUUCCAACAGUAGACGAAGAUCCCACGGAGACAGUACAGCUCACAGGCUUCAUACAUCUAAUCAAACUAUACAAACCAUUCGAUGAGACAUUCUUCGGACUAUGGAACCGCACAGUGCAUGGCACCGUCCCAUCCUGGCUCGUUCAACUUCAGCAGCAACUAUCGGAUGCAUUGCCCACUUAUCUUGACGGCACCGAGACUCAGGUUGUGGAUCUCAAGAUAUCGCAACAAUGGCUCAAGAUUAUGAUAUGGCAGCUUGCUAUUAGUCACGGUUUUAUAUCGUCAAUGGCAUCAGACAAUACUUUGAGCUUCAGAUUCCCGAUUGAGAUUUCGCGAGAGCUUGUUGAAAUGGCCGCUAAUUUUUCGCAGCACGCAAUGGAAGUACAUGGCUCAGGAAUCGUUGAGAAACUGUUCGAUGUUGCAUGCACGCUGGUAGACGUUAUGGCCUGUGUCCCGCUAUCGCCUACUUCGUACGACAUGGGGCCUCGACAAUAUCUGAAUAGCUUUGUUUCCCUGAUUUCAUCCCUCCGUGUAGGCCAAUCGCGUUUCCUUCCUCUGCUGCAAAACAAGAUCGCGGAGGUGCUACCAAGCUACCAACUUCCAUCACAUCCUAGACUCGACAUGUACGGCAGCUCUUCACAAUCCGCGACACCAAACCCAGGAAGCAGCACUCCAUACGAUGGCUCAUCGUCACUAGCACUGAGACACAAUGUCAAUCAAGUUCACUACCCAGAGGAGACACUUGGCACUCUUCCAACGCAAUUGAACGACCCUAGUACGUAUACUCCGUUCAGCUCGUCAGUACGAUUUCAAGGAACAACUACGACAGCGGAUAUGUCCGGAUCUGGUUUAUAUCACACACACCUACCACGAUCGUCCGGAUAUCCAGGAUGAGGCGGUCAGAGGACUAGCUACGACGUGGAACCAGGCUUGUCCUUCCAUUCCAAUUUGAGGGGAUGCGGCUUUGGGAAAUAAAUUCCGCGCAAGAUCACUUGGCUUGCCGCAAGAAUUAUCUCGGCAACGAAAGCCAAAAACACGUAUACUGCUACAGCAGUUUCAAUUGACACUGCUCGAGUGCAAACAAGAUGAACGAGGCAAUCGAAGUGUGCGCGUUGAACACAAUCAGCUCGGACUAUGAGAGGUUUAAAUCGUUCCUAGAGUCAUGAUUGCUUGUCUUGUUCCAGCGGCCGUGUCAUAGGAUCGGUUAAACAUGAACUCAUAUCAUGCAUUGCGUUGUCACAUCAUGUUCGUGCAAUUAUCAGAACAGCUGAAUUCUUGCUUGUUGAAAGGGUUUCUACGCCGCUGACUCCCGCAAUUGACUGCUGUGCACCAUGUUUCGAAGCACUGAAUUGUCCCUACCCGGACAAUAAUUAGGACUGGCCCGAAACGGUCGAUUGCUCUGCUUGAGCAGAUCGCUGCAUCGGAGUUUCCUUAACUGCCAUGGUAUGUGAUGGGCUUUCAAAACGAUCGAGCGGAGACAAUAGCGCACAAGAGUUCUGGGAACAAGUGAAUGCCUGGUUUCAAGUUCAUGGCGUCGCCAAUGAUAUGGCGACAAAUCUUGCAGGUCCCACCGUCGACUUUUGACUUUCUGGCUCGUGUUGUUUUCUGGAAUGUCAGCCGACCGUUAGGAUCCCCAUUUUAACGAAAAAUUGAAUUUGGCCGACGUGACGCCGAAGUACCUGAGCCACUUGGCAUUUGCGACGCUUGCCAUCAUCAAUGUUUCCCAAGAAACACAGCAGCUUCACGCUGGACGAGAUUCGCCGCACACUUGUAUAGGUUUGGAGACGUUGGAUCCAUUGUUGAAAUCGCAUUUACAUCUGAAAAUUUGAGGAUCCAUUUGCCAGUGCAGGCCCCACAAGGUCUAGACCGCGACAAGUGUACAACCUUGGUUUAAAUGGGCAAGGGUGCGCCUCCAGGAACGGGCAUUUCCGAUUUUAGGUUGGCAACUCGUCUUAGUUGAUUUUGGUCAUACUGCUGUCCCUGUUUCGAACUAUGGUGGAUCUUGCUUUCACCUGGCGCCCGAAGUUAUGCAUCGUACAAAGCCACGAAGCCGAAAAUUGACGGACAGUUUCCUGUGUUCAUGGGAUCCUUUCUGGCGGGCAAAGGAUGACUGGCCAGCAGGGUAGCAAGCAUGUGGCAAUGACAAUCAUAUCGAAAAGAAGCACGCGGAUGCUAUUGUGGACCCCUCGCAUUGGUGCAUUACGCAGCCGAACGCGCCAGGAAGCUGAUUAACAGUGCUCUUGCACUUUACGUCUGAAAUUCAGCCAAUAGGUUGGCUACUGGCAGCUUGAAUUCUGGCGUGACCACCAAGGCAUCGCAUAUUUCGAUGCGCUUUGUCACGAGCUCGCCGAGGUUCUGAGAAAGCUGGAAUACUGGUGAGUGGAGCAACCCCUUGAAGUGGCGGAGUCGAUUACUUUUUGCUCUGGUGUGUGCACCUAUAUUUUCAACGUAGACCCUUUGCGACGACCACUCGGUCUAUGCGAAUCUGGGCAACAGACUGCCAUAUUUAACACAGUUUGCUUUAAUUUAUGUGACCGUGCAGCGACUCUUUAUCUACGAUAUGACGUUUCGCUCUGGCAUUCUUCCAGGUCCUUCGAAGCGGCCAGCAAGUUUUGAUUUCAUUCACUUUGGUCAUACGGUCAUUACUGAUUUCCUAAAUUUAAUCAAAUCAUUCAAUUCAUUAUGUUCAGGCCACCGGAUUGGCAAGCAUCAAUUCGCUCUGUAGAUGUUCCUAGAUAUUACUGAACGCUAGGACGUUGUUUAGCUGGUAACCUCAUCAACAUAGUUCGGAGAACGAGCCCAGGAAAUGCUAUCGGUCAGCCGAAUUUAAAUAUUCGAGCGGUUUGCUGGAAUAUUUGUCUUCAAACAAUGCCCACUGCUCCACUGUCUUGUUUUCACAUGACAUCCUCUAGCCGAACGUCAUAGCCGGUCCAAAGCCCAUGAACGGCAUUCUGUCCGUCCACUAUUUGAAGCCAGGGCUAUAGACCUAUCUUCACCGAGUUGUAUUACAAAUAUCUAGUCUUAAUAAUCAAUCAUUGUUCAC